ACCAAAAGAUCCUCCACACCCUGUGCAGUACCUCCGCAUUCUUGCCACACACACACACAGACAGAAAGCUGGGAGGAACACUUUGACGUGGGGAGUUUGGAGGGGGUGUGGGCCUGCUGUAAGACUGAAGACCAUAACAUCAUCAACGCCCUGCCAGGUGCUGUAUUUCCUGACUCAUGCUCUCUUUCACCCUAUAUGUCUCUCUCCUACUGUCACUGCCUUUUUAAGGAACUCAGUCACAAUAGGAAAUACUGAAGCGCUUUAAGUUCAGUCUCUCUGUUAGUGUUAUGCUGUCUUCCAUGAAUGUGUCUGUAGGUCAGUGUAUCUUCAAGCCCAGUUUUAAUGCAGUUUUUUUUUUUUUUAAUCUGCUGUUACUGCCGAAAGGAAAUUACUUCAUGUUCAGUCUCACUUGCAAAUCUAGAAGCUCCAUAACCUUUCUAACGUAACAGCUAUUACUGCAAAUGCAAAAACACAAAUAUUAACCAUUUGACUGCACUCAAAUAUGUAAGUGAUGGAUUCUAAAAAGUCUAUUGCAGUGCCUCAGAAAAAUGGUUACAAGAGAAAGUAGUGUUUGGUGGCACGCUAACCUCAAACAGGUACAGUAGAUAAGUUCUGAAUUCUUCUUAACAAAACUGUUUUUUAUAACUUCAUGACUUUUAAUCUAUUUGUAAAAGGAUUAUAGCCAAGUUAUGACAAUGAACUAAACUCUGUCCUGUCCAGGUUGAGUGUCUCAAAUCUUCAACAUUUUCAUGUACUGUAUUUUCUUCUAUAUUGUACCAUAAUUGUGUCACGAAACCUGAGAUUUUAUUGUAAAGAUUAGAUUGCAAGUAUUUUUAAGUUUUUAGGAUUAUAAUGACUUACAAGCUAUUGAGCCUGUUGUAUCCUUUAACUUGAAUCUACACUGUCAAGAAGAAAAAGAAAUAUGAGGAGUAAUAUAAUACAUGAAGUGAUGAAGUUCAGUGAUCACCAUAAUUAUUACCAUUUAUCCUAUGGGGCUAUAAAUGUGUGUUGUCCACUCAGAACUGUAAAUGUCUGUACAAAUUCUGCGCCAUUCUAUCCAAUAGAUCUUGAGAUAUUUCAAAGUGUAAGUGAAAACUUGACCUGCUGGUGGCGUUAGAGGUAAAGUCAGGAGAUCAGCAAUUUCAGAGGGAUUCAUCCUAUGGGCAACAUUAAUAUCUGUACCAUAUUUAAUGGCAAUGCAUCUAAUAGUUGUCAAGAAAUUUCACUCUAUGACAUUGCCAUCCCUAGGACCAUGGUACUAGCAUGGCUAAAAACGGGGGGGGGGGGGUAAUAAAUGCAGCAUUGCAAAGGAAGAAGAAAACCUCACAAUUCUUUUCACAUUUUCACAAACCAUGACUAGGUCUUUGAUGAUGUACCUCCCUAGAACUCCUGUCAGGUGAUGGUGAUGAUGAUAAUGAUGAUCAUGGUGUCAUAUCCAGCUCUGCUUCCUAGUUCAUGCAUUCUCUGUUCCAUUCAGUUGUGUGUAUUUCAUAUUUUACUUUGUCAUUUACCUUUUUUCCUCUUGUGUCAGAUCCCCACAUCCUGCCCUAAUGUGUUUCCCACCACUGUGUGUUGCCCCGCCCGUGAUUUGUUGCACCUCUGUCUCCCCUCUUCUAGUGUACUUAGUCUCUGUGCUCUCUUCCCUCUGUGCCAGUUCAUCUUCGUUCUCUGUGAAAAGUGUGCCAGCCUUUUCCUAGUGUCAAGUGUUCUCCAUGUGACUUCUUUCUAGUUUAUUGACCUCGCCUUAGCCUAGCCCUCUGGCUUUGCCUGCCUGUUCCUGUGUGCCUGCCUGUGCACCGAACAAUUCUUCUAGUAAAGACCUUGAGUUUUUUGGAACCCUUUUUCCUCUUUGAUUCCUUGCCGUGUGGUUACAGUUGUCUUAGAUGGAAGGAGUAAGGAUAAAAGCUCUGGUUUUAAUGGCCAUGAGCAACAACGGGGCAAACUAAAACUGCUAUUGUGAAUAUGUCCUCCCAGUCUCACCAUGAGUAAGGCUGGUGUUGAUGAAGGUGUAGGUGCUGGUGGCAGCAGCAGUGAAAAAGCCCAGCAACUGGAGGAUGAGAUUCCGGGGAGAAAGGUCCUGGGCAAACUGAGCGCUACCACCAUUGGACCAGGCUGGACUAAGGUCAGUUGCCUCUGCUGUGUGUUGGAGCGGGUCGAACCGUUGGUUCUGGUGAAGCUCGGAGAAAAGGUUCAGCCCGAGACAAAGAGGUGGCUCAUCAGACUAAUUGGAGCUUCUCAGAAAGAUGGAGGUGCUGCAUUACUGGCCCAUCCGGGCGAGGACGCCAGUGGUGACAUCAUCGUGGUUUCCGCCCCAUGCUGUACGUUACUACGAGCCACUGAAGAGUUGGGUCUGUGUAAGCCUUACCACAACGGGGACAUGUUGGCCUUCUCCUACAAUGACAGAGUCAACUUUAAAGAUUCAGACAAUAUGGAAGUGUUCCUGACGCUGGCGGAGCGACAGUACAUAGUGAAGUAUGAGCUGGACGGUUUGCGAGCGCAGAGAGAUUUGAGAAUACCUGGCCUGUCUGACAGCUGCAUGCUGCAAAAACGAGACAAUAUUUGGCAGAAGCUUGGGUCAGCUGGUGUGGUGGUGGACAUGUUUCCCCUCCACAGCCUGGACCAGCUGAAGGAUCUCAGUGAUGCCUGGUACUCUGGUAAUCAUCUGGCUCAGCCACUGGAUUCAGUCAAUGGGUAUUUUGGAAGCUCUGUGGCGUUCUACUUCAGCUUCCUUGAUUUCUACACCUGGUCUCUACUCCCACCAGCAAUACUGGGCCUAUCCAUCACAUACUUCUCAGGUGAGGUUCAGAAAGAGAUGGUGGAGUCAGUCUCGGGAUCACAGGACAAAAAUGUUGAAGAUGACUCAGGGCCAGCGAUAAGUGGUCACAUGAUCCAGGCCGUGUUCAGCAUGCUCUGGUCCACGGUGUUCAUGGAGCUGUGGAAACGUAGGAGCUCCUCUCUAUCCUACCGUUGGGGGACCCUGCACCUCGCUGAGCGCUUCGCAGAGCCCCGGCCUGGUUUCCACGGUGACCUUGGGGUCAACCCUGUGACAGGUCGUGUAGAGCCCCUCUUUCCUGAAUGGCAGAGAGACCUGCGUAUGGCAUUGGUGUCGGUCCCAGUGGUGGGGCUGUUUCUAGGGUUGGUGGUACUGGGUAUGGUUUGUUUUUACUGGGGAGAGGCUCAGGUGCAACAGCUACACAAAGACUGGGACUCCCUGGUGUCUCAGACUUUGCUCUACAUGCCCUCAGUGCUUCACAUCAUCUAUACAAACAUGCUAGCGAAUGUAUACAAGACGGUAGCAAGGUCUCUGACUGAAUAUGAGAACCACAGAGAGGAGUCAGCCUUCGAGAAGCAUCUGACAGCAAAAGUCUUAGUGUUCACCUUCUUUAACUACUUUGCUGUGCUCUUCCACGUUGCCUUCUUCAAGCAGGAUGUACCUUUGCUUCGUAAGCGUCUAGCAUCUUUGCUGAUAGUGACCCAGCUGGUGAACCAGGUGACGGAGGCGGUCAUACCCUUCCUGGUGGACCGUUUCAUCAGUGCCCCCCAUAGGACAGAGAGCAAAGAUGAUCCACAGGAGGACAAAUUUAGGAACCAAAGCACACUUCCUGCUUUCCCUGGUCUGUUUGCAGAAUACAUUGAGCUCCUGGUUCAGUUUGGGUAUUUGAGUCUUUUCUCCUGUGUGUAUCCUCUGACGGCAGUGCUGCUCCUCAUCAACAACCUAACAGAGAUCCGAUCGGAUGCGUAUAAGAUCUGCAAACUCUUCCGCAAACCAUUCUCCCCCCCUGUGGCUAACAUGGGCGUGUGGCAGACCGCUUUCGAGGUCCUGAGUUUUGUCUCUGUCGUGUCAAACUGCUGGCUGCUGCUGCUGUCACCACAGUUACAAGAGCUGUGUCAGGAGGGUGGGAUGAGCAGCAAAAACAUUCUGUUGUUGGCUGUUUUGGUGGAGCAUGUGCUCAUCUUGGCUAAGGUCAUUUUGUCUCUCCUAAUCCCUGAUGAACCGGACUGGAUCCGAAAAAAGAGAGAGCAUAUUGAAUACACAUCCAUGCAGGUUCUGAAACAGCAGAAACUGCAUUCUGAAGAGUCCUGAUUGUGUUUCAAAGUGUUGAGGUGGUGUUUUUUGUCAUAUUGUGCUGGGCUGCUACAACCAGAAGAUACAGUACCAUCCACAGUGUUGUGUGGACCUCUCCAGCUGGGCCAGCAAUGCAUACUGCUGGUAUCCCUAAUACUCCCUGUGUAUACUUUUAAAGCAUUUUAUGUUCUCUAAUUAACACAGUGUUUCUGCAAUGUACACACUUUGAAUUGCACCUUCAUAUUAAUCUACAUGUAGACUGUAAGUGCAAUUGAAACAACAGUUAAGUGUUUUUUUUUUCCAAUAUUAGACAGCAAAUGGAAUGUAUUGGCUAUGUGUACAUGUGCCCUCUAAAAAGAUUAUGUUACGAUAAAGGAGGUUUACACAAAGUUGUUCACAUUUAUUGAGACAGCUGAAAAGCUGUAAAAUAAGCAUGGCUAUAGUAUGUACAGUCAAUAUUUAGUAAGGGGCUGACAGGAAAGAGUAUUUAAUGUUACUGGCGGGAUCAAAUACAGACAGAUUACUUGACAAAAUGUCCCAGUUUUUCUCUGAACGAGGACUCUUUCAGAUGUGUUUUUGCUCAGUGCUACCACCUAGUGAUAAACUGCAGCUAGAGUUCAGGAUUAAUAAGUGGAGGACAGUAUCUUCAUUGGAGUGAUUAUCAUAACACAAAAAGCAAGAACCUGCUGACUUUCAAUAUAAAUGAAAGUCAGUCUUUAAACCUACUCUAAUCAGUUGUUUUCAGCUCUACUUAGCAUUUUAGCAUCUUUCAGCUCAUUGUUUUGGUUUUAAGGCCCGCAACUUAACCAAGAACCAUUUUGGUUCACUCUCACUGUUCUCAUCAGCAUUGUUUUUAGACGUAGCAGGCACCUGUUUUCAGUUUUAAAAAAAAACCUACCUGUUAAGUUAGCAGAUAAUUGGUGUAUAUUUUUCUUUAGCAGCUAAAGAGGUAGAUAUUUUUCUCAGCAGUUGGUAGAGAAUUGACUACAAUGCUAAAAGCAGAGUGAAUUUUGGACUUACAUUCAUCAGGCGAUUACAGAAACACAACCCCAAAUGAAUGCUAAUGUUGCUCCAUGUCUGCAGGCUAUAUAGUCUAAAUAGAGAACUGUUUGCUAACAUGUUAGCUAUAUCAACUUCAUAAGAUGACAAUAUGUCAGUGUAGCGUUAGCAGCUUUUUGCUGUGUCCUUACAUGGCCAAAAAAAUCAGUUUUUGCAGGUUUCUUUUCAGAAAAUCAUGAAUUUUGUCUAUCUGCCUUUAGUUAUUGAUAUUGAAAUGUGCAUAUUUGCUUUCUCUUUUGAGCUUUAGAUGGGAAUUGAUACCUGGAUAAGGAUGGAAACAAGAGGAAACAGCCUGGCUCUAUCACAAACUGACACAAUUUGACUAACAGCACCUCUACACCUCAAUAAUUAAAAUGUUUAUUUUAAUAAUGUUUUGGUUGUUUAAUCCAUGCAAAAACCAAAGUGUAAAAAUGUUAUGGCCAAGUAACAGUGCUGGACUUUUUUUUUGGCGUAGUGAGAUAUGACGUGUUAAUUAGUGAUUUGAGGAGGUGCUGGUACAGUGGGCAGAUUUUGUGACCUUUGGUUAGAGCUAUGCUAACUGUUUCACCCUUUGCGCUAAGCAAAGUAAGCCAUCUGCUGGCUGUAGCUACAUAUAUAUUGUACAGAUAUCAAAGUGGUAUCAAUCUCUUGGCAAGAAAACAAAUAAGCAUAUUUCCUAAAACGUCAAACUAUUCAUUUUCUGUAAAUGUUACAUAUGUAACUUGUAGAAAGGAAGAGUGCAUGUUGGCUCCAUCAAAUGGGGAAACACAGUUUAUAUUGUAAUCUUUUAAUUUAUACUUGCUGUCUUUAUUUUAAAAUAAAAAUUAUGUAUAUGCUUAGUGAGAAUCUAAGCUGGAAUGGAAAAAUACAAACUGUGUAGAGGGAGGUAACAGUGUUUUACAGUGGAGUGUUUUAGACAUUGAUUUAUAUAUUAUCUAUAAUAUUGGGGUUUUUAAGUGGAAUUGCAUACUGGUCAAAAGUCAUAUUCUUGUCCUAAUGUGACUCUAAACAAUAAUGCAUAAAUUCGUGAGAAACAAGUUUGUCUCUGAUGGAACAGAAAGAAAAAAGCAUCUCACUUGUAUCAUUCAUUCUGCCUCCUUUAAUAAUACUGUCCUUCCCUUAUUUUUCCUAAACUAAUCACACUACAGCUAUGGGAACAUGUUAAACUUCAAAUUGAAACUGUAAAAUAAAUUUAAUAUAAUUUAAUCAAUUAUGUGCCAAGAUUUAAGAUUUGCAUGUAAGUGAUGGGGAGCAACCAAAGAAUCAUUAUCUGCUUUGUUAUCAGAAAUAUAUUUUUUAUGUGUGGAUUU